AAAAAGAAGGAAACAACGAAUACUAAGAGGGAUAGAAGAACACGUAAAGAUCGAAUAUUACAACAACCGCUGGACGGCCAAUAAUCCACAGCAACAGCAGUCACUGGAACUUGUUGAAUACUUUGGAAAUUCCAUGGUAUGAAGUAUACAGGAUUACAUCGAGGACAACAAAAUUGUGAACCUCCCACACUAAAAGGUUUCACUCCCACUCCGACAAGGGGAGCGUGCAGUGAAAACAUAAAAUGUACACCCGUGAUACAGAAUUGCGCCGACUGCAAUCCAACGAUGUAAACCGGCUAGCGGAGACACUGGGGUUCGAUGGUGGGCGGAAGUUAAUGGAAACUAUACCUAAAAAUUGGUCAGCCCAAGAUACAGUCAACGUGGGCGAUGCCGCAGCGCGAGGCAGUCAUAAAUGGAACGGUGAAAUCAAAGGUUUAGGCGUGGCGGAACUAAAAUAUAAGCCAGAACAAAUACGUUUAAUAGAAGAAGCAACAAGACAAACGAGUGGCUGUUAUUUUGCUGAGAUAUUAAUUCAAGAAUGGAGCACAAGCGGACGUAAACAUGAGCGCCCAACAGUUGGGCUACUGCUACACUUGCUGAUAAAGGCUGACCUGUGGAAUGCAGCAGAUUUUGUAGCGGAACAUUUUCUUAACGAAGCACCGCCCGAGCGUCCGUUAGAAGGACCUGGAGCUAAGGUAGACAUAUCAAUACCAACAGAAUGUUUGGGGAGUGUGGCGGAUUUCGUGAAUGACUCCGCAGGCUAUCCAGGCACAGAAACACUCAAUGACAAUGCUAACUGCGUGAAUAGUGUGACAGAUCACAAUCGAGAUUAUUACACGAAAUUUCCUUUUUUCAAUAAAGACAUGAAUGGUGGGGCUCCAAAACCGCCACCUCGAGCACAACGAAUGGCGCGGCAACAAAAUUUGCAAACCCAUCAACAAAAAUUGCACUUACAAAAUCAGCAACAAGUUCUACGAGCAGAAACUAACAACGUUGUUGCUACAGCAGAGACUAAUGAUGGUAAUUUAAAGAAUCAUAGCUGUGAAAACCUACAAAUAUCAAAAGCGCAACACGAUUGCAAUUCUGCUGCCGUUAACAGUAACAUAAUGACACACAAUAUACCGGAAUUAAGUGAAUUACUGGAAGUUAAUAGCAGCCAUCACUCAACGAUUAAGUCAGAGGAACCACAUAACGUCCCUAUGCUUACACUUCUAGAUCCUAGUACUGAAAAUUUAUCCGGUGUUCCGGCUCUAAGUACACCAGUCGUUGCUUCAACAUCAAAUGUUGCGCCGAUGUCAUCGUUGGCAUGCGCCUCAGGUGGAAGUUUACCACUGAUAACUGAACUCAAUUUAGAUACUAAUAGCGGUGAACCUUUGAAUAUUGAUAAAGGAAACAGUUGUACUUCAAAUCAGGUACCACGGCAAAAUACAUCACAAUUGCCAAACCCUUUAAGUGAUGAAAGCCAAUGUAGUAGUUUAAGCAAUGAUAGUUUCGACGAUGAUGACGAAAAUUGCUUUAACGGUGUAAAUAUGUUAGAUGGUGGCAAUGUUGAUGCUGAAUUGACAGAUGGGAACUCAGGGGAUCAAAGCCUGCCAUGCUUAAGUGUUUUUGGUCACCAGAGCCCAAGCAAUGACUCCAGUUUGACGACUGUGACAUGUACAAGUGGCGAUAAUAGUUUUGAACUGAGUUUGAAUGAUUCGAGUUCUACUUCUACAACCGACCCCACUGCGCAAAGAAAGUAGAGUGGUAUUCAUGAUUGUAACACUCAUGUUAUUAAAGAAAUUAAAAUAACGCUUGAAAUGCGACUGUGCUGCUAGUCAAUAUUAUGACAUUGCAUUCCAAAAUAUUUGUGAAGCGUUACAUGCGUUGGUAUCUAUUGGCAGAAAUGUUUGCAUUAGCAUUAACGCAUUGCAUUAAAAAUAUAAAAUUACUUGUUACAUAGCAUUUGAUAAGUCAAAUGCAAUAAAUACAUUUUAAGACAAGCUUAAAUCAUAUUUAAAAGCUAUAAUGUGAGAGUUUAUAAAAUUUAAGUAACCAGAGUUUAAAUUCAUAAGACAUGUAAAUUGUAAAAUAUAGCGACUAUUUUUAAAGAAAUAUAAUCCAUAAUUUGCUUUUUCGUAUCUAAUAAGAAUACAAAGUAUUUCUACGUUCUUUUUUUACGGUUUGUUUUUAAAACACUUAGUAAAUAUCAACGAAACACAUUCGUCCGUGUAUAAUUUUAAUCCUUGUAAAGUUUGAAAACUAAUUACAAUUCAAAAACAUUUAAUUAGUAAUUAAAAAGUUUGUAAGUUAAAUGCAAUUUUGUUCAAUUAAAUUUAAAACGGAUUGCAUGUUUUGGAAUAUGAAACAGGAUUCGUGAGAUUGAGUUAAACUUUUUGUUGAUUAUAAAAUGUAAAAUUUACCGUAUUUAAUAUACAUAAAUAAACGCUGUAGAUUAUGAUAGUGUUAUCAGUUGAUUUAAAAUAGGGGUUUUCAAAUAUAACGAAUUUAACGUUUGACGGAA